AUGUGGAAAGCUACACAGUCGUCCACUCGCGCUCCCCCUUACACGCCGCCCCCAGAUCGACAACCCCCGGUCUGGUAUACUCGGGACAACGAUUAUGACCGACCAAAUCAUCGGAAAGCCCCGCCAGCUCGAGGUGGCCUGCGAAUUUCAAUGUCGACGUCUCGAUUAAAUAGUCGACGCCCAAGGCUGCAGGAAUCCCCCGACCGCCGACAGGGUCUGAACACUCAUGGCCUGCCCUUGCCGCGCUUCCCUUCCAAUGGACCUGCAGACGACAAUACCCUCAGGACCAGCGUCAAUUCCGCGAUGACCUCACGGUCUAGUAUUGAACACACGUCGGGUACCGAGCGGAGCAGUGUCCUGACGAAAAGCAGCUCCAUUACGGAUUUCUCUCCGGACACGCCCGACGCUCCUUAUGACAUCGAUGCAGGUAUGAGUGUCGAGGAUGCGAUCUCGAUGUAUCUCGAUGGGUUCAGCGACGUGACUGAAGAGCCCGGGUCACCCAAGUCGUAUGCAGACAGUAAGGCGCCAUCAAUCACACCCCCACCUUCACGAGAUGCGCAUCUAGAGGAAGUGGUAUUCCCACCACGAACGACAUCGCUGGAAGACGUCCCUCCCAUUCCUCCACUGCCCCAAUCCAAUCUGCCAGAACCAAUAUCCUUUGAACGUCCACAAUCGGAUCCGCCGAUUUCACCACAACCUUCACCCGAUACCACUUCACCAGAAACUCCUCCAUCACCAUCAGCGCCGAUACCAUGUCUGCCAUCUGAUUCAGCUUCCCCAGAGCCCACUAUUUCCCAGCAAUCAUCGCACGAUCGCGAACCUCAUCGCCAACGAGAGCCGUCGCGUAUCAUUAUACCUGGACCAGUCCCUCCCCCACUCGUGUCUGGAAAUGGUACGCGAGAUGAUUACGGAUUCCGCAAAGCAACCCAAUAUGUGACACAGGAGCAAUAUGACGCCUGGAAAGGCCCGUAUGCUAAUUAUGUUUCUCAUCGUCGAAUCAAAUGGCAUGACAUGCUGAAGGAACAUGGUCUACAGACCAAUAAUCCCUCAGUAUUUCCUGCUCAAUCCACCAAAGUCAAGCGGUUUGUUCGAAAAGGUAUCCCGUCAGAGUUCCGUGGUGCAGCAUGGUUUUGGUAUGCCGGCGGGUACGAAUUACUGAACAGUAAUCCUGGCCUGUAUGAUCAGCUUGUGGAAAAAGUUAUGGCAUCUCCCAGCAACGACGACAAAGAACAUAUUGAACGAGAUUUACAUCGCACGUUCCCGGACAAUGUCCAUUUCAAACCGGAACCCACCGACGCGGGGACUACUGGAAACCACCCGCAUGAUCAGGGCAUUCCAACUGAGACUCAGAUGAUCCAAUCAUUGCGUCGAGUGUUGUAUGCCUUUGCUCUCCAUGCCCCCAAGAUUGGCUAUACGCAGUCUCUGAAUUUUAUCACCGGCAUGCUUCUCCUGUUCCUUCCCGAGGAGAAGACAUUCUGGAUGCUCCAUAUCAUCACCUCCGUGUACCUGCCAGGGACCCAUGAAAUCAGCCUGGAGGGGGCGAAUAUAGAUCUUUGGAUCCUGAUGGUGCUGCUAAGAGAUUCAAUGCCGGGCAUCUAUGCCAAAAUCGCUAGUAUGGGUGGAACGCCAUCUGGCCGUGGAAAAGCACCGGCCCUUACUGUCAACUCACGACUGCCAGAUAUCACGCUGGGUCUAACCAACUGGCUCAUGUCUGUCUUCAUUGGGACAUUGCCUCUUGAAACCACCUUGAGAGUAUGGGACAUUUUCUUCUAUGAAGGGUCCAAAACCUUCUUUCGCGUGUCCCUUGCGAUCUUCAAAGCCUGCGAGCGCGAAAUACUGGGAGUCUCAGACCCCAUGGAAGUAUUCCAGGUGGUCCAAACUAUCCCUAAGAAACUCCUCGAUGUCAACUCUCUACUCGAAGAUUGCUUUGUGCGACGACAUCGAGUUGGCCAAGGUCGAAUCGACGAGUUGAGAGCUGCUCGACGAACCGCAGUGCGGCAGGAGAAACUACGGCGAUCGGUCGCGUUCAGCAAAGGCCAAAUCCAGCUUGCGACCGACGACUUUGUUCGCCCCCGCAAUGGAGGCACUGGGAUCGAGCACCGUGUUGUGCACUCCUGGCGCCAUCUCAAGCAACACGCAUUCCACAGAGAGCUGACUCGUUGA